GUUUGACUGCUUAUGUGGCGGCUGAUGGAGUUCAUGAUAAACACCACAAACAAGCGCAUCUUGUUUGAAAUUCUCGCAAAUUCUCGCGAUGACGAAACGCGGUUAUCUGAUUGGUCGAAAGAGUCAAAGGCUCUCAUGUGAGCUGAGAUUACUUGGCAUUCUGGGACACAAACAGUGGACGAUAUGAAUAGCUUCUACAUUACAGUUAACAGCAGCGACAGCCUUCGUGGAAGGAACGCGACUACGCGAACAAGAGUUAGCAAGCAGCAGGAGGACUAACGGAUCUUUUCUUACGCAUUUUUUGUCUUUUUUUUUUCUUGUUGUGGUGUCCGACUGAAGCGGAGCCGAGAACCAGUGACGGUUAUGUGAAAUGCGGUGUUGGACUUUAUCCGUGCAGCGGGUUGGUUAGCUAACCUCAGGAGUAAAUUAGCACUGCAGUGAUUUUUGUCGGGGUUUAUCUGUAUGGAAACGUCGAUUAAACUUUUUUAAAAAUUGAGUCAAACACUCUGGAUUUGGCAUCUGUUUAUCCAUUCAUCCUUGUGAAGAAUGACUAAAACUCUAAAAAUGGCGAGUGUCAGAGAAAGCCGCAAAACUUGUACUUUUAAUUCGCUGAAUUGGCGUGUUUGUCAGCUAGUCUAUCCGAGAUAAACAUUUCUAAAUCGAACUUUUAGAACAAUGGCCAAGAAGAGUGACUUAUGUGACCGCUGGAGCCAUCGUUUUAGGUAAUUAUUGCCGGUAAAGCUAAACUAUUUCAGAAAUGGACUUUCUCUGGAUGCACAGAAUAUCGUCUGGAAUAAUCUAGCAUCACUACUGUCCCCAAGUCGGACAGGUCAUUUAAGCCCUGCUGCUGCUCCCCGGAGAGUGUUGGAGGGCUAAUAUGUCACUGUCAGGGGCCACAACUGUGCAGCUGUUCUCCAAGCUUGCAAGGCAUGCAGUGGGCAAAAUGCAGAUUCAGCUGAACCGCUGGCUCCAGAGGACUGCCACGGAUGAAUGUGACAAAAUCGACAUCCUCAUAUGCAGCACCUUUGACGAGAGGGCUGUGGGCACAGGGAAGCCAAAUGAAGACCAAGAGGUCAUCACCGACACAGGGGGGGUGACCUUCAUCAGCACGGGAGAAUUCAGACAUCCAUGCUGCAUCACCACCUUCUGCUUCAAGAGUGCCCUGCUGGCCUGCAUCCUGACCGCCCUGUGCUUCUCUUCUGUGGCACUUGUGCGGCAAUACCUCAAGGACCUUCUGCUCUGGGUGGAGAGCCUGGACAGCUUCGUGGGAGCCAUGCUGUUCAUAGUCGGGUUGAUUGUUGUGUCAUUUCCAUGUGGAUGGGGAUACAUUGUCCUUAAUGUGGCAGCAGGUUAUCUGUACGGCUUCGUGCUGGGCAUGGGACUCGUUAUGGUGGGAGUUUUAAUCGGGACGUUCGUGGCACACCUGGUAUGUAAGCGACUUUUGACUGACUGGGUGCUAAAGAAAGUUGGAAACAGUGAACAGCUCAGUGCUGUCAUACGCGUGGUGGAAGGAGGAAGUGGACUCAAAAUCGUGGCCUUAGCAAGACUCACCCCCAUCCCAUUUGGGCUCCAAAAUGCAGUUUUCUCUAUCACAGAUGUGUCCUUGCCAAACUACCUGGUGGCCUCGUCGGUGGGCCUUCUGCCCACACAGCUUCUUAACUCCUACCUGGGAACCACACUUCGCACCAUGGAGGAUGUCAUUGCUGAGCAGAGCAUCAGCGGGUACUUUGUGUUUAGCCUGCAGAUCCUCAUCAGCAUCGGCCUGAUGUUCUAUGUGGUGCACCGGGCUCAGAUGGAGCUCAACGCAGCCAUCGCUGCGUGUCAGAUGGAGCUGAAGUCUUCUCAAAUGAAUGGCUCCUCCACCAACCACAGCAGCUUCACCUACUGCAGCAAAAGGGCCACAGCCGGCAACAACAACUGCAUCAACGUGGUGUGACCUUAAGCGACAGGACUUGCUUCACGUUGCUGGUCUCUGACUUGUUAGACCGUAUCAACAAAGGGAAGUGUUUCGACCGACGGAGUGGUUUAUCAUUUUCCUGGUGUAUUCUUUCCUCCGUGUGUGGGGAGGUGACAUUCUGACAGUGUUUUUCUUUUGUAGUUUUAAAGAUCGAGGACCACGCGCCUUUGACCAAAUGGUGCUGAAGGAAACGUUUUUUGCUGUUUAUCAUGAGAGCUGUUCUGGUUUUUUUUGUGGAGGUACAGUGAAAUGACAGAACUACCAGAGGGGUCGAACAGAUCUGCCUGCUGUUGUUAUGAAUGUGCAAUCUGGAUCUUUUUGUAGAGCCAAGGAAAAGAUGUUCUGUUUGCGUCAGUAGAACACCAGCCUAUGCACCUUAAUUCAUGCAUUUUAUUUUGUUUUAUUUCAGAUUCAUUUGAUGCCUGUUUUUUUAUUUUAUUUAUUUUUGACCAAGUUCUCUGAGGAUUACAAACCUCUGUGUGACUUCUGCUGGAUCGCCCAUCUUUGCUUUGGUUUGAGCUGUUUGAAAAAGUGGAUUUCAAACAAGAAAUUAAAAAUUAAAUUCUGCCAAGUAGGUAAAAGCAGAACAACCAGCACUAGGUCUGCUGAAGAAAGGAGAUGUCUCAGAAUUAUUUUUUUUGCCACAGUUUUUAUUAUAAUUUGACUUUUUUCAUUUGGCUAUCAGGUAAUCCAUCUAAGGUAACAGAGCCGUUCAAUUUAUUUAAAUUCUGGUCAUUCCGUGCAAUAGAUUUUGAUAAAGUGGCAUGAAUGUUAUCCAGUGCUGAAACCAAACUAAUCAGAGAUGCUCUCAUGUGUACAAAAUAACAAACCUAAGUCGAUAUUUUAUGUUUAACUUCUAGAGAUGAAUUCUAUUUUUAUGUGCCAUAAGUUCAUAAGAAUAUGAAUCGAUUAUUUAAUAGUUUUCUCAUUGUUUUUGUUGUUUGCACCGUCCACUUCAACACAAAUGUUUUAUUUAAAAGAAAAAUAAUUUGAAUUUGGUAUAGAGGUUGGUUUGUCAAACUGUAGAGUUUUAGAAGCUGACAAUCAAACUCGAUGUGGACAAUAUACGACGAAUGUGAUAUUAUUGUUUCUUAUUUUUGCAUUUACUGAUGCUGCUCCUCAGACGAAGUCUGGUUGAGGAAUAAUAAGGGCUCCUAUACAGAAAAUUCAUCCUGCAAAUCCGUUUUCUUAUUUGUUGGCCUUUUUACUUUAUUUGUACACACAUUUCCUUGUGUAUCACCUUCAAAUAAGUUUUUUUUUUAUUCCUCCCUCCCUGAUUAAAUUAGCAAUAAUGUUUGACAGUCAAAAGCAAAAAAAAAGUUAUAAAAAUAUAUAAAUAUGUGUAAACUUGUUAGGAAGUUGUUGCUCAUUGACGGUGUGGAUGGAUUGUGAGAUUUCUUGGUUUGUGUUACAGUGUUAAACCUGCCUUUUACCUCCUGCUGCCUCUGACGGACAUGUUUGCCUCUGCUGUGGAAAGACGUGUAGGACAUUAAAUGCAACGUUCUCAUUUUUCCAGCUUUUCUGUUUAGAGCGAGUCCCAAAACACGGUUAGCCUUAAGUUGCACGAACACCCUCCUCAUUUUUCUGACUUCCACCUCAGAGGAUAUAAGAGUUUAGAUGCAAAUAUUUAUGGCUGAUAUAGAGUAAGAAAUGUGUAUUUUUCACCUUUUCGAUGUGUAGAAACCCGUUUCUGAUGUCCGUACAAACGUCACCUCAGAGGGAGGAGUCUGCUCAGAUGUUUACCACGUCGACUCCCGUGCAUGUCAGCCCCUUCGGACUCACUUCAUGCCAUUUUAGACUCUCAGCUGGGACUUCAAAAACCUUCUUGAGAAAAUCUGUGAUUUGUAACAAGCUUUGGUUCUUCCGACGUGGGCUCUUCUUUACCUAGAUAUAGUUAUGCAAAAACUGAUUCCUAAUGGAAGUAUGUUUCAUAGAUGGAGACCUAAACCUGACAAAGCCUCAUGCUUGGGUCACUUUUGAAGCUAUGAAACACAAAACUUCCCUAAUUGUAUCAAGUGCAUUACACAUAUAUACUGUAUUUUGUAAUACAGAGAAUUUUACAGUGUAUAAAUGGAAUUUAUCACUGUAUAAUGCUUGUUCAUGUUAUUUAUGAAAGAUGGAAUAAAUCUUCUUUUGAAUUUGUUAA